AUGGGUAUUAUUAGAUUGCCAUCAACUAUUCAGAAUCUUAAGCAAGCUCUUAAGCUUCACUCAUCAACUGCUGGAGCUAAGCAUCACCACCACCAUCAUUCUGGUGUCCCAAAGGGCCAUAUUGCAGUUUAUAUUGUGGGAGAAAUUCAAGAGAAGAAAAGGUUUGUCGUUCCUAUAGCUUAUUUGAACCACCCAAAAUUCAAGGAGUUGCUAAAGAAAGCAGAGGAAGAGUUUGGUUUUGACCACCCAAUGGGUGGUUUGACCAUUCCAUGCAGAGAAGACACUUUUGUCCAUAUCACUGCUCAAUUAAAUGUUGCUUCAUGUUGA